AGCCCUGCGCCUACGUCUGUGCCAUGUGGACGUCUCCAGCACAGCCGUGACGGCAGCUCGGUGCUGACAAUGGACGACCUGGCUCUGCUCGACCUGCUGGAGUGCCCGGUGUGCUUCGAAAAGCUCGACGCCACGGCCAAGGUGCUGCCGUGCCAGCACACGUUCUGCAAGCCCUGUCUGCAGAGGAUCCUCAAGUCCCAGAAGGAGCUCCGGUGCCCCGAGUGCAGGACGCUCGUCCUCUGCGGCAUCGAGCAGCUGCCGGCCAACCUGCUGCUCAUCCGUCUGCUGGAUGGUGUCAGGUACGGGCAGAAUGCGCCCCGCUUUGGCUCCAUGCAGCGCUCGGGGCUCCUGUCCUCCCCCGCCUGCAUCCGCAGGGCCCCGCGGGGUCUGCAGCUCGCCCAGUACCGGCCGCCCACCGCCCCCAGGAGCCUCACGGAUGGGGUGCCGCGAGCCAAAGCGCUGUUCUCCUACCGGGGGCACAACCCGGGGGAGCUGCGGUUCAACAAAGGGGACGUCAUCGUGCUGCUCCGGCAGCUGGACCAGAACUGGUACCUGGGGGAGCUGAACGGCGUCAGCGGGGUCUUCCCUGCCAGCUCCGUGCAGGUCAUCAAGCAGCUGCCCCUGCCGCCGCCCCUCUGCAGGGCUCUUUACAACUUCGACCUGAGGAGCAGAGAUAAGAGUGAGAACAACGACUGCCUGUCAUUCCACAAGGGAGACAUCAUCACCGUCAUCAGCAGAGUCGAUGGCAACUGGGCCGAGGGCAAGCUGGGCGACAAAGUGGGCAUCUUCCCCGUGCUGUUCGUGGAGCCGAACACGACGGCACGACAGCUCCUGCAGAGCAGCAAAGGCUCCUGGCCCACCCCGCUCCGCUGUGCACCGCUGGGCAUGGCCUCCCCCAAGGCGCAGGGCCGGGAGCUGCACAAGGCGCCCGAUGCCCGGCGCAAGAGCCUGCGGCCCUUCUCCAUCACCACAGCCCUCAACACGCUGAACCGCAUGGUGCACGCUCCUGCUGACCGCCCGGCGCUGCGCAUCAGCUCCCCGGUGCUCAUCAGCUCCAGCAACCCCAGCGUGGCCGCUGCGGGCAGUGAGGAUGCGCCCCGCGGGACCCCCGCCCAGGUCAGUGCAUCCUAUUAUCCUGCUCCGGGAUCACUGAGGCACUCGGCAGCCAUCGUCACCCUGCCCCACCUGCAGCAUCACCUCUCAGCCAACAUGAAGCCCAGCGUGCCCGACUCGAAGCUGCCCACGCUGUACGCCUCGUGGACGCUGUCGGCCGCCUCGCUGUCCUCCCAGGGCAGCGCUUCGGAGAGCGCUCAGCGCCAGAGCCGGGCGCUGAAGGCAGCGCUGCCCGCGGGGCACACAGCGCUGCGGCGCGGCCGCGGCUGCACCAGGAAGAAUGGGUCCCUGCAGAGGCCGGGGCAGGCAGGGCUGCAGGCUGCCAGCUCCCUGCGCCGCAUGCCCACAGCCGGGCUGCAGCCGUACCCACAUGCUGGCAGCCCCACCGCCAGCACAGCAGAGGUGGGCGUGAGGCCCAACUUCUCCCACGAAGCCCCACCAGCACUCGUGGUCAGAGGAGGGGAAAGCAGAGCUCCAUCUGUCUGCAGUUCGGUGAUCCUGGACACCACGGACCCUCUGGCAAAGAGUGAGUCGGGGCCCCGGCCGCCCGCAUCAGCCCCGCCGUCCAUCCUGGUGAAGCCGGACACCUCCCGUAACAGCAGUGACAAGCAGGUGAAGACGGUGCGGUUCCAGAACCACAGCCCGCCCCCCAAGCGGCACAGCCUGCAGCCCUCCCCGCGUCUGCCCCGCAGCAGCACUGAGUUGGUGGCCCUGGCUGAGCCCCCCCUGCCCGAGGGGAGCCCCGAGCUGCCCACACUGCCCUCCCCACGCCUGGGCAGCAGCCCCCUGCACCCCCGCAGAGCGCUGCACCCACGGGCGGCAUCGCUGGAGCUGUCAGUGCCGCUGACCUUCCCCGUCAGGAAGAGCUACAGCAGCGUCUCCGCCAACUGACAGGUAGUGCCUGCAGCCCUGCACCCAUCUGCCCCUCCCAGGUGGUGUGGAGCUCAGGGACCCCCUCAGCACCCGUGGGCCCAGGAGCUGCGCUGGGCCAGGUGUGCAGUGACACAGAGCAGCUGCUCCAUGCAGGGAACGGGGAUGGAGUGGGAGAGGGGAGGACGUGCACAGCGGGAGCAGUGCCAUGUGCUGUGAUCUGCUCAGGGCCGCAGCAGUGCCCACGGGGAUCCAAGCAGCAAAUGUCACCACCCUGCAGGAUGGGGCUCUGGCUCACGUGCUCUUUAUUGGCGUUAAGACCACCCGUGCCCAUCUGACACAAUGAACAUCGGAUCCAAAACUGCUGUAAAAUCACAUCUAUCAUUUAUCACGUACCAAACCCAUGGAAUUAGCUUUGUUGGUGACCAAAACUCACCACGGCCCUGGAGCAGCCCUAGCAAAGGAGGGACUGAUAACAGUGUUAUCCCACAGCCCUGCACUUGGCUCUGUCGGACCCUUUCUCUUUAAGCAGUAGAAAGGGAUUUCCAGCAGCACAAGCAGCAGCACUAAGCUCUUUGCCCGCUGCUCUCUCAGGUACAAAGGGCAGUGCAGGCAGAGGACAGGAUGGCUCUCAGCAAUGCCCUCAGAGGCACUGCACAGCCCAGAGCAAACAACAGCACUUCGCUGAAGGUUCCCUUCAUCCCCUUAAAAAUAAACCAGAAGCCUCAGCAGCUCUACAGCUGGGAACAACCACCCCUCUCCCAGCUGCAGCCAGAGAUGAACAGAACCACAUUAUGCCCAAUGCCAUCCAUGACAGUGAUUUAGCACACACAGCACCACACACCGCUCCUACCAACCCCUGCUCAGAACAUCACUGCCACAGAGCACCAUUCCCUUCCGCCAGGACAAACAGCAACAAGGCAGCACUGCACAGAGAACACUGCAAUGCUGUGCAGCCCAUUGUGUGGUGCUGAGACUUCACACAGAGCACCACAGGGCGCUCCCAACCCACUGUGUGAUGCAGUGAGCAUCCAUCCGGCUGAUGGGGAAAGGAAAGGCUCUGCCACUGCAUGUGAAUAGCCAUGGGUAGGGAUGGGGAAAGGCACCGAGUGGGAGAGCUGCUUUAGUAAGAGCAGGAGGCCAUUCUGGGACAGAUCCCAGAGCUCCUUGCACAGGGUAUGUCAGUGCUUUGAUGCAAUGGCAAUACAUUCCCUCGACAUACCCAAAAUGUGGAAGGAGAGACAACUGAAAACAGGGCACCACUUACAGCAACAGCUCUAACCAGUGCUGUCAAGCUGCUCCCAACUGCAUGCACCUUCCACCACUUCCCAACUGCAGUGAGGGUGAACUCAGCUCCUUGCAGCACCUGGGCUGCACACUGUACUGCGGGAUGAAGGCUCACAUGGCUGGAGGACAUUCCUCCCAGCCCCAGGCUGAAGGAGAACCCCCUGCAGGAGCUCCAGGAGCAGCACCAGGGGCUGCCAGCAGCAACGCUCCAAGGCCCUGGAGCUGCUUCCAAGUAUUUUAUCACCCAACCUGACCCUGUUCACUUUUCCUUAAGCCACCAGGCAGUGCCCAGAAAGGCAAAAACCCGGCCCCAGAGCAGCAAGUUCACAUGUAUAUUUAUCAGUAUUUCAGAGGGCUUACUCAUUGCUGAAUGGCUCUUGAGGUUCAUUCGUGUAAAAAUACUUAUAUCACAUGUAAUUAUAGCUAUAUAGACUUCAGGUUUCCCUUUUCCUUCUCUUCUUUUCUCCUCCCUCCCCAGUCACCCCCCGUCUCAGUAUUUCCCUGUCUAAGAGGCCACAUUUCGGGGCAGGCAGCACUCAGCCCGGCUGCACAGUUGGACUCCCACACCCCAUGGCACCCCCAUAGGGUUGGCUGCUCACAGCACCCAGUGGGGCCACACACUGUUAACAGAUGGACAAAGGACCAUUUCUACCAAACCUCUGACCUAAACUUCGACCUGGCUUUCUGAAGACACCAAGGAUCAGCAGACAGUAACUGACUGUGCUCAUCAGGCCAUGAAUUUUGAUGUCUUCUUUCUGCAUUGAGCCCAGGAAACGUCGCAGUGAAAUGUUACAGCCUUAUUACUAUGAAUGAGAGCACAGCAAGGACUGUUUUACACAUGUAUGUUUAGAAACAAGUAUAUAUAAUCUUUUCUUAUUCGGUGAUGGGCGGGAAGAGCAAACAGAAUGCUGACAUUUACCUUGGGGCUGGGAGGCACCUGUACAAAUUCAGCAACGCUCAAUAUUUUUUUCCACGAUGUGAAGUUCAUUUUUUUUAAAGGGCUUUUUCAAUUUAACGUACCACUAAGGAGAAGAACUCAAUAAACAAAAAGAUAUUCA